ACAGAAAUUGCCAUGAAACUAAUAAAUCAUGGCAGUGACGUAAAUUUCGUCAAUCUCUCGGGUAAAACUACUCUCAUGCUUGCAUCAGAGAAAGAUCUUGAGAAUCUAGUUCAACCACUGAUUGAGAAAGGAUGUAACGUGAACGCUGUUGAUGGAGAAAACAAAACAGCUUUGUGGUUCGCCUUCCAACACCGAUCCAUAAAAAUACUGAUUAUGUUGCUAGAAAAUGAUGCCAAC